AUGGACCAGCUCAAGCUCCCCAAGCUAGCACUUCUCGCAGCAACAACAAUCACCACCACCUUGCUGUUCUCCUCCAUCAUUUUCCCCACGUACGCCACCGACGAAUCCCCGUCCCCCGGGGCCCCAGAAUGGCUGCAGGCCGCGUCGCACGACUCCUUCACGUUCACCUCCGUCGCCUUCUUCAUCACCCCGAAGUACGACCCCAAGGCGACGGAGGAGUCCGUGAAGAACAACCAGACCAUCAGGGACCUCUGCGCCAUGACCGACGACGCCAACGAGUGCCUCGAUUUCUUGGGGAACACGCCAAGGUCGGACCCUGCCUUCGUCAUCAAGGCCGACCUCAAGGUCCUCAAGACCCUCAUCAACGAAGGGUCCUACAUCGCCAUCAGGGAAGGGUCCAAGGACCCUUCCGCCAACUCCGACACCAAGAAGGGCCUCGACGCCUGCCUCGACGACUACGACACGGCCUCCAAGAGCCUCGACGAGGCCAUGGCGGCCAUCGGGGUGUGCGUCAGGGACGACAGGACCGCGGGCCCCAAGGAGUGCCCCAAGGAGACGGUCGCGAAGCUGACCUCCGUGCUUAGUGCGGCCGUGGGGAAUUUCGGCGCGUGCGACAAGGCGUUGAAUAUCGCGAGUGGGAGGGGCAGGUUGUGGGUGAUGGAUGUCAAUGACGCCAUGGUCGAGGCAUCGAAAGCGAUACUCGCAGUUGCUAAUAAACUAGAUUCGUAA